CAUCAGCUCCUACUACAUACGAAUACGAAGGAGGCUUCAAGCGGUCUGUGGCGCAAGAGCAUAGACAAGCCAGACUGCCUCAGUAGAGGCAGAUACGCGUCGCGGCCCGGUCGUGCAUCCAGCCAGCAUGUCGGCCACCGUGGAGAGUACUUGGAAGUCCAAAAUAUCGAAUAACAUCGAGAUCCCGAACCUGACGCGAUGCUGCUUCUGCGUGCCGCUGCGCCGCGGCCUCGUCGCCUUCGCCUACGCCAACCUGGUGCUGACGCUGGUGGUGUGUGGCAUCCUGUCGUACUACAUCUCGUACCUGCGGCUGCACGGGCUGGGCGCCGCGGAGUUCCCUCGCCUGGUCGCCGACACCGCCGCCCUGGUCAUUGAGACUGUCAUGACGAUAGUGUUUAUUGUCGCGCUGCAUAAGAAGCACGUGACGCUGAUGAAGAUCUACCUGCACUUCGAGAUCGUGUUCUCCUUCGUGGGCUUCCUCUACUCGCUCGCCUUCCUCACCAACGAGACGGCCAGCGAGCUGUUCCUCAUACUGUUCCAACUCACUCUUCAAAUCUACCUGGCGAUCCUGAUCUGGAGUCUGAUACUGAAGAUGCAGCGAGAUGGGACUGUCAAGUACGUCAGAGAAGACGCGUAGUACCGGCCCAGCGUCCACUCUACUUACCACUGGAAUAAAAGGUUGGAGCAAAGUAACGAGGAUUAAAGAUCAGGUGACCAAGGCUGAUAUUUUUUCAGGUGCAUAACUGCAUAGGUAUUUCUAGAUGAAACUCUACAAAUUAUAGGUUUAGAAAUGUUUGAUGGAGAAUAAGAUCUAAUUAGAUGUCUAUCAAAACGGAAUUUUACUUUUCAUAGCUAUAUAGACAUUGUAUAAAAUUCAGGUGCUAAGUUAGACGAUGUGAUAAUGUGCCUCUUAUGUAAGGGAAUUAUUAAAUUAUUAAGAUAUUAAUUAUAGAAUAAUAAUUGAAAAAUACCUAAUCCAUAACAAUUAUAAUAGUAACCUUAGGGCUGAUUUCUAUAUUCCUAGGCAGGUCAUGUCUGACUUUAUACGUAAGAAAGUAUCAGCAAGUAUAUACCUAGGUACUUUUAUUCAUCCCUUACGUAGUAAACCUAGAUUUUGAACAAGGACAAUAAAUUCAGUAAAAUGAGAUAUUUGUUAUUUACUUAGAUUUAGAGGUAACGAGUAACGUAACGUAAACGUGUUCAAAGUUACCAUGAUUUAUCCCGUGUUGUAAGUUACAUUAUUAUUGCUGUUUACAUAAAUACCAAUGCAACAUACGUCGACCUAAGCAUAUUUUUGGUAUUUUUUGUAUCUCUGUACCUACUGUUAAUUUUAACCCUAGUGUGAUGUAAUUAAUGAGAUGUUUAUUUCCUUAUUAUCUUAUUUGAGAUGAUCGUUAUUUUUCUAUCGACAGAAUUUGAUAAUGCCGUUUACAGGCUGAUAGCAUUAUAAUUUAUUAUUAAGUUAUAAUUUGUACAUAUAAUUCUUAGUUCGUAGAUGAUUAUCAUUAGUUUUCAUAAGUGCAAUUAUCAUUAGUUAUAUAAAGUCUUAUCUAUGUUAUGCCAAAU